GAAAAAAUGUUAGUAGUUGACGAAUGUUGACUGAGCGUUUUGUGUCGAGACGGCCGCUUUAUUUCGCUAUGUUUCCAAUUAAUAAUUAAAAUCUAAAAUCACCAACUGUGCUGAAUGCUAAAUCUUGAGUUCAAGCCAAUUGUGUGAAAUUUAUCUCGCUAUUUUUUCCAGUGGUAUACUUCUAUUACAGUAUAUCUUCAUUUCCCACAAUUAAUGCUUUCAUAAGCAUGUUCAUCAGUUCCAUCCAUGUAUUGCAGUCAUGAUGAUAACUCUUGGUAAUAAUUACCUACUUGGUUUGUCAUUAAGUCUUCUAGCUUUCGAUUCAUCGAAGAGUGUUGUUUCUAGUUUGUGAUUAAAGCUUCAUUCAGGCAUGUAGGACCAACGUACGCCCAAAAUGAACUACGUUUGUUAAAGGAUAAACACUCUUUGCGCGAUUUUCAUACCUUGCCUAACUUCUUGACGAGCCGCCUAGGGCUUAGUAAUGAUGGGUCUCUGGCAGAAUGGAAGUCCGAGCAAUCAGAAUGUUUUUUGCACAGCAUUAGUCUUAAUUUAUUCAUUAAUUUCAGUAUGCAGUUCCCAAAGAAACAUUUCAUCAUGUGAGAAAAGUUCCUGUUACCCUGCAACAGGAAAUCUACUCAUAGGGCGAGAGAAUCGGUUAUGGGCAUCCUCAACCUGUGGUCUCCAUCAGAGAGAACGAUAUUGCAUUGUCUCACAUCUAGACGAUGAAAAAAAAUGUUUUUGGUGUGACUCAACCCCACAGAUGGCGAACAAUCCAACAUACAGUCAUAGAAUUGAAAAUAUAGUUUACAAAUACUCUCCAGGAACGAAACAACGAAAAUGGUGGCAGUCAGAAAAUGGCGUCGAAAAUGUAACAAUUCGCUUUGACCUCGAAGCAGAGUUUCAUUUUACUCACUUGAUUAUGAAAUUUAAAACCUUUAGACCUGCUGCCAUGUUAAUUGAACGGUCAUUUGAUUUUGGACGUACCUGGCAGGUUUAUCGGUACUUUGCAGAAGAUUGUGAAACUGCCUUUCCUGGCAUCAAAAGAGAUACGCCUCGUACCUUGAAAGAUGUUGUUUGUGAUUCGCGAUAUUCUUCUGUCCCACCUUCAUCGGACGGAGAGGUUAUUUUAAGGGUUCUACCUCCAAAUCUGCAUCAUCUGUACAAUGAUCCUUACUCGCAAGAAGUUCAAAAUUUACUAAAAAUGACCAAUUUGAGAUUUAACUUCACAAAAUUACACACGCUGGGAGAUGAUUUAUUGGACAACAGACAAGAAAUCAAGGAAAAAUACUACUAUGCCAUCAGUGAAAUGGUUGUCCGUGGUUCCUGCUCUUGUUAUGGUCAUGCAUCGCACUGUAAACCGCAGAAUGGUGUGGAAAGCAAACCAAACAUGGUCCAUGGUCAGUGUCAGUGCAUGCAUAACACAAAAGGUUUAAAUUGUGAGCAGUGCGAAGACUUUUACAACGAUCUUCCUUGGAGACCUGCAAUUGGGAAGAUGACUAAUGCUUGUAAACAGUGUAACUGUAACAAUCAUGCCACCAGUUGUCAUUAUGAUGCUGCCGUAUUUGAACUGACUGGUCAUAUCAGUGGAGGUGUGUGUGACAAUUGUCAGCAUAAUACGAUGGGUCGCAACUGUGAGCAGUGUCGACCAUACUUUUAUCAUCAUCCUGAUAGAGAUUUUUCUGAUCCUGAUGUCUGUGAGCCUUGUGACUGCGAUCAAGAUGGGUCUUUAGAUGAUGCAAUUUGUGACUCUCGAACUGAUGUGGCCAAUGGUCUAGAGUCUGGUCGAUGCCAUUGUAAAACAAAUGUAGAUGGGCGCAGAUGUGACACUUGCAAAAAUGGUUUUUGGAAUUUCACAGCAAGUAAUCCAGAUGGUUGUCAAGCCUGCACCUGCAAUACUUUGGGAACCAUAGGUAAUCAAGGUUGUGACAAGCUGACUGGAGAUUGCACGUGCAAGAGAUUCGUUCUGGGACGUGAUUGUAACCAGUGUAUGCUUGGAUUUUGGGGACUCGGAGAGACGCCCGAAGGUUGCAAACCCUGUGAUUGUGAUAUCGGAGGUGCUUAUGACAACGCUUGCGAUGUGAUAACUGGACAGUGUCAAUGUCGUCCACACUUAACUGGUCGACGCUGUGAUACACCUGAACAGGGUUUCUUUGCUGGGAAUCUUGAUUUCAUGGUUUAUGAAGCUGAAAAUGCCAAUUGCACUCACAACUGUGGUGUUGUAAUCAGAGAGCCUUACAGGGAUCGUAACAGUUCAUGGACUGGUCCUGGUUUUAUGCGAGUAUUUGAUGGCACAGGUUUAGAAUUCACAAUAGAUAGAGUACCUAACUCAUUAGAGUAUGAUAUUGUUAUCCGCUAUGAGCCACAAUACCCUGGUGCAUGGGGAGAUGUAGAUGUUGUCAUAGAACGGCCAGAACCAAUUGAUCCAAAUGGUCCUUGUGGAAAUACGCAACCAAGUGAUGACAGGAAAGGUGCCGUUCUCUACUCUAACUCCCGUCAUGCAGUCGUGUAUCCACCAACUUGUUUAGAAGCUGGGAAAACUUACAAAGUGAAGCUCUACUUUAACAAGCAAGCAAAUGAGACAGAUUACCCGCAAGCCUCAAUUCUUAUUGAUUCUAUUACAUUAAUCCCGCAAAUUGACAGAAUGCCUUUCUUCCAAGCACCGGAAGCUCACGAUAAGAAGGAAGAAUACGAACGUUAUCGUUGCGGGGAAGUAUUUUACACAGUGUUGAAAGGUACCAUUCCUGAAAUAUGUAAAUCUUAUUAUUACAGCAUCGGUUAUUAUGUUCACCAAGGAGCAUACUCAUGCGAGUGUGAUCCAACUGGUUCUGUGAGUGCACUGUGUUCCUCUCUUGGUGGGAGUUGUCAGUGUAAGGAUAAUGUUGUUGGACGACGUUGCGAUAAAUGUGCUCCAGGAACCUUUGGAUUUGGUCCUGAAGGCUGCAAAGCUUGUGACUGCCACACUGUAGGUGCGUUGGACAAUUUUUGCGAUCCUGUGACAGGUCAGUGCAAAUGCCGUACCGCAACUUAUGGACGUCAGUGUGACCAAUGUCAACCAGGUUAUUGGAACUACCCUGAUUGUAGACGGUGUGAAUGUAAUGGUUACGCUGACACUUGUGACUCUCGUACUGGUAUUUGUCAAAAUUGUCGUGACUUCACAUAUGGCGUUGACUGUGGCAGUUGUGCUCCAGGUUAUUACGGAGAUCCACGACUGGGCAUUGCUAUUCCAUGCAGACCAUGUCCUUGUCCAGGCACUGUAGACAGCGGACAUUCAUAUGCAGAUCUUUGUGAGUUAGAUCGUUCGACAAAUGAUGUUGUGUGCAAGUGUGCUCAAGGCUACGCUGGCUCACGCUGUGAUGUUUGUGCAGACAAUUAUUAUGGUAAUCCUGAUGUCCCAGGCGGCUCUUGCAGAUUGUGUGAUUGUAGCUCAAACAUCGAUAUUACCAAGCCAGGAAACUGUGAUGUUCGCACUGGCAAGUGCCUGAGAUGCUUGUACGACACCGCUGGAUUUAACUGUGAAGUGUGUAAAGAUGGAUAUUAUGGCAACGCAACAGAACACAAUUGUCGGGAAUGUGUGUGUGAAGUCCUGGGAACUGACCAAUCAGGUGGUCCCUGCAAUGGCGUAACGGGUCAAUGUCCUUGUUUACCAAAUGUAGUUGGCUUAACUUGUGAUCAGUGCGAGAUUAAUCACUGGAAAAUUGCUAGUGGCUUUGGAUGCGAACCUUGCGCCUGUGAUCCUGUAGGUUCAACUGAAGAUCAAUGCAAUAUGUUUGAUGGACAGUGUAAGUGCAAGCCUGGCUUUGGUGGUAGACAGUGUAACCAAUGCCAAACCAAUUUCUGGGGAGAUCCAAAUGUUCAGUGUCAACCUUGUAACUGUAAUCCGGACGGUUCAGCUACAAUGCAGUGCCACCAAAAUAACGGCUCUUGCAUUUGCAUUUUGGGUGUCGGCGGUGAAAAAUGCGAUGAGUGUGCCCGUGGAUUCCUUGGAACAGCUCCAAAUUGUAGUCCAUGUGGCGAAUGCUUCGACAGUUGGGACGGUAUAUUAACUGAUUUACAACAGCAAACCAACAGCAUCAUCAAAGCUGCAACAGAAAUAAGACACGUCGGAGCAACCGGAGCUUACACUCCAGAAUUCGAAGCAAUGGAAAAGAAAAUUGAUGAUAUCAGAGUAAUGCUUGCGAACACAUCUAAAAGUGCUGUUGACCUUCAGCGACUCCAAGACUUAGUGUCACAAAUCAGAUUAACUCUGAUGUCCUCUGAUGGCUUGAAUGGCGUAAAUAAGCAACUGGAGGACACUGCACAAAAAAUAAUUACGUCCAAUUUUGAGUUGGACAACAUAAGAAACAAAACUGCCGAUCUGAAGAAAAUUGCAGAACAAUUCAGAGAUAAUUCAACUCAGCUGCAAGAAAGUAAUGUUGAAGGUGCCUUAAAUCUCACAAAACAAGCGGAAGAGAGAGCAAGAAUCGCUCGAGAUAAAGUCGGAACAAUCAUUCAGUUAACUGAUGAUGUAGAAAGGCGAUGUAAGCAAACCGAAGCUUUAAUUCAAAGAACCACUUCGCAGUUCACCCAAGACCAAAACAGAAACACAGAAAAUAUUAAAAUUCUAGAUAAUGAAAUUCGUGAUUUAGAAGACAAAAUCCCGAACCUGAAUUUACAGAUUUGUGGGAAACUGGGAGAUCCAUGUGAUCAGCUUUGCGGGGGAGCAAUGUGUGGCACUUGUGGUGGAAUUUCAUGUGAAGGCUCCGUUGAAAAAGCUGGCAAAGCCUAUGACUUCGCUCAAGAGGCAGAAAAAGCCAUCCGAGAGAAGCAAGGCAAAGCAGAAGAAACUUUCAGAGGUGUAUCCAGUGCACGUCAAGAAGCCUGGGUGGCAAAGAAUCUAACAAUGGCAACUCUUGAGAAGUCAGAGCUUGUCCAUAAUAAAUCUAUGGAUAUUCUUGAUAGCAGCUCUAUACUUGCUCAAAAGAUUGAAGAAUUCCUUACACCUCAAUCGGCCACACCUUCUCAGAUUAGGGUAGUUGCAAACAGUACACUGAACAAGAAUAUUCAACUGAAACCGGAGCAAAUCACAGAUUUAGCCAAGCAAAUAAAUGAAACUGUUGCAUCAAUAACUGAUAUUCAUUCUAUCCUAUCGGAAACUGCAAACGACCUUGGUCGAGCAGAUAAAUUGAAACAAGAGGCAGACUCUGCUAAAAAUAAGGCUGAAGUAACCUUGAAAACUGCUGAAAAAGUCACAGAAGCACUGAAUGAAGCUGAAAUAGCGCAAGAGAAAGCAAACCAAGCGAUACGUGAAGCGAAUAACAACAUCACUGUUGCAAAGAAAGAUUUGACUCUGAUCGGAAACGAAACGGAUGAAGCUGAAACGAAAGCUGAAGAAACUGUCAAAGAGGUUGAAAUACUUCAGGAACGACUGAAAGCUUUGCAAACUAAGUUCCUUGAAAAUGGUAGAGACGCCAAAAACGUAGAACUAGAAGCUUCAGCUGUCGAAAUUGAAGUAGAGACUGCUAGAAACAAAACUGUGAAACUGCAGGAAGAGCACAAGAAAGCAGAGCACCGACUGAAAAAUAGAGUUAGUAGUUCUGCAACAGCUCGGAACAAGGCAACUGAGCUUCACCGGAAAGCUAGUCAAUUGUAUGUUAAUACAAAUUCUAAGCUCAAGGAAUUGCUUGAGGCAGAAAAAUCUCUAUUUGAACAAGAACAAAUGUUAAUCGACUUAUCUAAAGAAGUUGACACUCUGAAUGUUAGAAUUUCUGAAAGCUUAUCAGUUAUUGGUAGUCAGUCAGAAUACUACCGUAAUUGUAAUUAGAAAAAGAUUAUCUCUCCUCUUUUUCAUAGUUUAUGACUCAUUCAGGUAGAAUGUACUUACCUUUUUCUAUUUUUUUACUUACUUUAGGCUAAGGAUCGGUUUUCCUUUUGCUAUCUAGGAAUCAAAAAUUUCUAGGAUUAAAUUUUCAUUUGAUGGGAAGUACUUUUUGUAUAUUUUCAUGUAUGUAAUUUUUUAAGCCUAGCUGCUUAAGACCUUGACUGAUCAAUUUCCCCUCUUUCAUAUUCAGUAACAAAAAGACUUAACUCUUAGUGCCUUUUAACUUUAAUACUUAGACACAUGUAAAACUUUACGUGUAUUUUUAAAAUAUGUUACGCUUAACUGCAUGUGAAAAAAGGAUAGAAGAAAAUCCACUGAAUAAUUCACUCAUGAUAGCAUUUUAAAGAAAAACAAUUGUUUUUUAUAGUUUUGUGCCAAAAGAUGCACUGCCAUUGCACUGCUAUUAAUAGGUACUUUAUUAGGCCUAUUUUGAGUCUGAAACGUAAUCGCUGGUGCUCAAUUGUAAAAAGAAAAAUUGAAAGUUCCUUAGAAUAAAUCUGCAUUUUUAAAGGUUACUCUUGGAGGGGUCUCAUAUCUUGUAAAUGAAUUAGCUUGCCUUAGUUUGAUGUGCCAUUGUUCUAUUAUUUUAUUUUAUGGUGUACAUGUAAUUUGGAAGACAACAUACUCAGUCAUAUGGAUAAAACUGUGUUGUAAAUUAAACUUGUUGUCUAAUAAUA